UGCGGCCGGCGACGGACCCGAGAGACGAACGCAGCAUCGUUCUCUCCCGGGCGCCUCUUUCUCGCCGAUCCCCGCUCGAUAUAUGUGAAUGUAUAUACGUAUACACAUUCAACAUAAUGUACGUGUCUGCUGUGGAACGUGUGUUUGUAUAAACGCGUGAGUUCUUGGCCGAGUGUCCGCUCAGUCUCGUCCGUCCUCGAUCGGCAGUUGAGAAGCGGACGCCCGUACAGGAUGACGUUUUCUUCCACGUUUUUUUCAUUAUGGUGACAAAAAAACGUGUGCGCCAUCUGCGACAAGCGCGAUUUUAUCGCGAACCAAUAUUUCCGCGAUAGUAAACACGAAAUGUUUGUUUUUCGCCGGAGAUUCGUGUGUGACUAGUACAAAAGAUAAAAUUUAGAAAAAUAGUCCUUAUCGGUGAGACUCGAACGAGUUUUAUCUCCCUGCUAUCGUGUGUCGGGACUAGAAAAUAUUCAGCAAUCGAAGGAAAAAUCGAUUAUCAACCGACAAGAGACAUCAUCGACUGUCAAAUGUGGUGGAGGCGUUGCCAGACUGACAACCGGCGCCGCACGACACAGAGACGAACAUCAUAUUAUUCGUAACCUCAUACACGAUCAGGACAACAUUCGCGAUGUCGUGUGAAAUAAACGGAUUUUCAUCCAUCGCAAUGGCAUGGAGAUUCAAACAUAUUUAUUAGAGGAUUGCGGCGAUUGCGGGCAAGGAGGACGAACGAGGAAGUCGACUCAGGGGUAAAGAAUAAGGAUGUGGAGAAGCCCUUGGACACACGGGAAAAAUAUGUUAUGGGGUUUGAGAGGGAGUCAUGCAAGUAUGAAAUGGGCUCGUCGCGGUUUGGUGUUCAUAUUUGCCUGGGGACUGGCGAUGAUUGCAACGUUGCAAUUUCAUCAUGCCAUGAAUGAUAAUUCGUUGAGCGGUGGAGGUAGUGGAGAAACUCAGCCGUCAGGAUUACCGUACCGCCUACGUUCCAGCGAUCAUCAAGAUGAUGGACCGCCGAGAACGUUUCUUGGCGGAGGAAAAGGGGGAGGAGGAGGAGGAGGAGGAGGAGGCGGAGGUGGUGGUUCAUCGCGUUAUCUCAUGCAACGUUAUCCCGUAAAUUCGACGACUUCGAUCGACAAUUUAAAAAAUUCUAGGGAUUACGAAUCGAAGAUUGCCGAUGGGCCAAACGCAACUGCCACUUUAAGCCGAUCGAGGGAGCUCGAAAAACGGACUAAAGAAGAAUUAGAGCCACUGAUUGACAAGCGAGGAUCGCGCACCGAUGAAGAAUUAAUUCGUGAGAUCGAGUCUCGGAUGCCCAGUUUGCCCCUGGCUUAUUGGUUGAAGUGGGGCUCCCGGUUGGGCAACACAUCCGGUAACGCUAGCAAAAACAAAGUUGCGGAUGCUAAAUCGAGUCGAAAUUCAAAUUCGAGUAAACAGGCUCGAAACAGUGGCUGCCUCCCCAAGUUUCCCAGCAUCUUCGAUCUCGAAUUCAGUAAUAUUUAUUGGCAAACGCUCCGAACGAGCAACGGCACCUUUCAAUUGUUGGGGGCCUAUUACGACGUGAGAAAGCUGUCGAAAAUGGGACCAGCUAUAAGGAUCGUUGGGAUGAUCGACCGGAUUGAUCCGCGUGUCAAAACUUAUUGUCAAAUGUGGUUCGAGGGCGAUCGAGAGCCCGGAAUCGUCGAGACGCUCGAAUACAAAUACGUCUGGUAUCCCAAGUGGGGCAAUUACAAGCAAGGCAUUUAUCAGCCGUACGUAAUAGCUUGCAAAAUACCCCAGAGCCACCUGAAACGCGGAGCACCCGCUUCUAUAUCGAUCGUCGAGAAGCCCUGUGACACAUCGACCAAUAAUCUUCGUGUUAUUUACAACAAGCCUGAAGCGAAACGUGGCUUUGCCGUGUGCGUCAAGGGCCUCGAUUUCCUACACGACGAUCUUUCCGUUCGUCUUGUCGAAUGGAUCGAACUCAUCGGACUUCUCGGCGCUGAUAAAAUAUUCUUUUAUCAGCUUCAAGUCCAUCCUAACGUCAGUAAAGUGCUCGACCAUUACACCAAACUGGGCAAAGUCGAAGUCACUCCGAUCACUCUGCCCGGUGGACAGCCAAAUAUUCCUGCCUUUCAACACAUGUACCUCAUCAAAAAAACCGGCAACAAACGACUCGACGAAGUCAUACCUUACAACGAUUGCCUGUACAAACAUAUGUACGAGUACGAGUACAUCGCUCUUCUCGAUGUCGAUGAGGUCAUCAUGCCCUUGAAAGAUUCUACAUGGCCUGAACUUAUGAAACGCAUUCUCCCUAAAGCUCUCGCUUUGCGGAAUGAAACUCGAGCCUCCUAUGACGUUAGAAAUGUCUACUUUCUCGAUGAUUUUCUUCACUCCCACGACAGCUUUCAGCAAAUACCAAAGUACAUGCACAUGCUCCAGCACGUCUAUCGUUCGAAAAACUUCACGAAGCCGCAGCAGUACGUCAAGUGUUUUCACAAUCCAGAGCGAGUUGUCGCUCUCCACAAUCACUUUCCACUUUCGUGUCUUGGCUCUGGAUGCACGACAUAUUCGAUCCAGACCGAGGACGCCCAGCUGCAGCACUACCGGUCCGACUGUGUUAAAUCAUUGGUAAACUCGUGCGUUCAGUACAAAAAAACGAAGGUUAUGGACACGACGAUUUGGCGAUACAAGGAUAGUUUGACUCAACGUGUCACCGAUACCCUCCGGACACUCGGAUUCUUUCCAUCGAUAAAUACCUCAACGUAACGGUCUCCUUUAAUUACGUUGAAAACGAAAAGGGAAUAAGAAUAUAAAUUAGCUAAGAAACGUAUCUAUGUGCACGUGUAUAUAUGUAAUCAGUAAAUUAAGUAUGUACUUUCCGAAUCGAAUCAUGGUGAGCCUCGAUCGUUCUCUAACGCGUGCACGGUGUACUAAUUGUGUGUAUUCUAUACAACCUUAAUAUUAUUGUUAUCACCGAAUCAUUGUUAUUUUUAGUAUCUUUACGACUAUCGUUAUCGUUAUUAUCUUUAUCAUUAUUAUCAUUAAUAUUAUUAUUAUUGCUAUUAAUAUUGUAAUCACACAGAUACGUACACUUGAAUAUUUGUACCCGUCCCAACCAGAGGGCGAUUCACGUUACACCAUGUAAACGAUCAUUUUGACAAGAAAGAAAAAAAGAAAGAUAUUUCAAUUGCCCUCGUAUUAUAGGUAGUUAAGCGCUACGAUGACGUUGGUUUUUUAUGUCGCUGCGCGUACAUCGAUGUUUGUGAUAUCGCGAUUCCGACUCCAAACGCCAUUCGCAUUUUCAAUGAUCGUGGCGAUUAGAUCGGAACGCGUUAACAAUAAUCAUUAUUUCUUAUUCACUGCGAAUAAACGCGAUAUAUUAACUCA